AUGAGUUUAUUAGAGUUGUAUAAUUAAAAUCCUUUCUAACAAGCAAAAGUAUGUCCAUAGUAAAAAGAAAUAUCUCUAAACUUGAGUAAAAAAUAGAUUGAUGAUAAAGGUAUUAAAAUAUUGUUAUCAAACAUGAAGUCUUUGAAAUAACUUACUACAAUUUAGCUGCUAUUAAAUAAUAAUAAUAUUGGUGAUAAAGGGAUUAGUGAUUUAGUAAAUUGGUUGAAUACAUAAUAAAAUUUAGUGAAUUUAUCACUUUUCAUUUCAUUUAAUUCCUUUACAAAGAAAGGUAUAAAGUGUCUAUCUGAAAUUAAAUAAAUAAAAAGUUUGGAAAAACUAUCUUUGGCAGUAAGUAAAAAUGAGCUUGGAUAGGAUUUAGCACAAAGUUUAGGUCAAUUUAUUGCUAAGUAGAUUAAUGUGAAGCAAUUAGUUGUUAUAGUAAAUGAAUGUGACUUAGGGAAUUUUGGAGCCAUUAGUAUAUGCUAGUCAACAAAUUUUCUGACUUAAUUAGAGAAACUUGAGAUUUUUCUUGAUGGGAAUUCUAUGACUGAUUAGGGAGCACUAAACAGCGCUAAGAUAAUUUCGAAAAAUAAAUAACUCAAAUACUUACAUCUUGAAGUUUGUCGUUUUAAAAUAAAAGAUUUUAAUUAUGAAGGCUUAAUAUAUGACUUAAGAAGUAACGUAAUUAGUCAGUCAUGUGCUAAAGAAAUUAUUCAAACAAUAGGAACUUAGAUGCCAUAAUUAGAAACUCUUAAUCUGAAAGCCUUGUUUUAUAGUGAUUUUUCUUUUUCUUAAUUUAGAAAAGAAGGAUAUGAUGGCUUAGCUAAAGAUGAAUUAUUUACUAAAGAAGAUGUUUAUAAUUAUAUAGAAAAAUACUUAUAAUAUUUGCAAUCAAAAACUAUUGUAUGUUGA